ACCAAAUACUUAUUCGAAAUGAGACUGAUACCAUGAAAUAGAGUAGCUCAAAAUUUGAAAAAGAGGGUAAAUUAGACCUAUUUAUGUACAAUCCCAUAUUAUAAAAUUGAUUGAGAUGUUUUACUCUGAGAAUCUUUAGAGAAAGAUGAAGUAUAAGACAGUGUAGACCAGUUAGGAUUUGUGCCAAGACUUGGAGUUUAGAUGAACUUUCGGUAAGUCAUCGAUUAUCAAAAGAAAAAAGGUAAAGAUAAGGCAAAAAUGUUUAUAGAUUUUUUAAAUGCAUACAAUUCAAUAAAUAGAGAGAAAUUAUACGAAUUGAUUGUGAAGAGAAUGUGAAUGGAUAGAGAUGCAAGUAGAUUCCUAAUGACAUUAUACGAUGAAGUGUAUUUUGGGAUCAAAUGGAAAAAGAAAAAAUAAACUUGAAAAAUGGAUUAUCAUUAAUAGCACCGAUGUUAGUUAAAUUGAAUUUUAUAAUUUACUGACAGAAAUGAGAAAGAGGAUA